AUGCGCGUUAACUUAAUAUUUUAUACCUGUCUUUUAAUAUUGGGUUGCCGCUUGGUAGAAGGAAAUCAAAGAAUUUUAGCUGAGUCUAGUUAUUCUAGCACUAGAUGGCAAUUUUAUCAAUUUUCUACUUAAGUGGAAUAAAACAUGCAAACCAUUGUUUUACCCAAUAAAUAAUUAUUGUUUUUGUAAUCCUAUGUAGACGAAAAUGAAUAUAAAUCAUUUAUUUUAUAAAAAUAUGAAAGGGAUGAAACAAAAGUUGGAAGAGAGCUAAAAUUUGGGGACUAAAAUUCAGAAUGCUCAAGACCAAAAGUAGCAUUAAUAGACAACGUUGGAUUUGCUCUAGGUUGGAUCGAAAAACAAAUAGGAACAACAAAGCUAUUUAUUUAAAUAUUUAAUUUUGAAUUAGAUCCAAUAACUUAAAAAUAAGAAAUUAAUGAUAUUCAUUUGGAAGUUCAUUGGGAUUUCGUAUCAGAAUUUCAUUAUCUAUAAUAUAUUAAUGAUACAAAAUUAUUAAUCCUCUACAAAGGUCCUAAUUAAUCAAAAAUAUGGAAUGGAGUUAUAUUUGACUACUAAGACAACACUAGAACUACCGAUGUUAGCUUAAUUUAUUCAAAGGAAGUGUCUAUUGCUAUUAACUCACUUCAAGUUAUUGUAUUGAUAUAAUAAAUAGAUGAUAUAUAGAAUAAUUUAGUAACAAUCUUAAAUUAUUCAGGAUAAAUUUAACGAACUUUUAAAUUAUAUUAUUAUCAUUAUAAUUCUUAAGGUUUUUAACCAAAAAUUGUAGCACUUUCUAAUAAUAAUUUUAUUGUUGUUCAACCCUAUUAUGAUUGGAUAACAGUGUUUGUAUAUGAUAACAAAUUUUCAGCCAUUAUUAAUAACAAUUUAAACAGUUAUUCAUAUUUUUAAUAUGGUACUGCUUACCCUUAUCCAUCUUGGGAAUAUUAUGGUUAUUUUUAUAAUGGAGUAAUUUAAUUAUUAGCAUUGGAGGAUUCAUUUAUAAUUAUAGGAGUUGACAAAAAUAAUUAUAGGUUUAAUUUGGUUCAAUUAAAAAAUAAAAAUUUAGAAUUUAUUUAAUAAAGAUUAAUAAAUUAUGAAGAUAUAAAUAUAUAUAGGUUUUCAAUUUAGAGAGUAGAUAGAAAUUCUGUUUUUGUAUAGUGGAUUGAUGGAUAACUAGAAACAUUGAUACCUUAACAUAAAUAAAAUUUAUAUUUGUCAGAAAUAAAUUUACAAUUAAACAUUGAAGAUUGUGGAAUUAAUUGUGAUACUUGUUAAAAUGAUGUCUGUACAUAAUGUAAAUAGAAUUUCUCUUUAGUAAAUAAUAAUUGUUAACCAUAAUGUAUUGAUAAUUGUUAGAGAUGUUCAAAUUUAGUUUCAUGUGAAAUAUGUUAAGAUGGAUUUAUAUUAACAAAUAUGUUUUAAUGUAUUUAGAAUAACAACAAUCUAUAAAAUGGUGAAUUAAGAGUUAGUCUUUCUGAAACAACAUUUAAAGAAAAUGUAAAAUUCAUUGUAUUACCUGAUAGAAAAGUUGUAAUUAUUUAUUAAGAAGAGAACUAAAACUAAUAAUUUUUAUAAUUAAAAGUUUUGAAUGUUAUGGGUGAAACAAUAUUAUCAUAAACAUUAGAUGGUGUAGAUGUUACUAAUUUUGAUUUAUUCUACUAAGAGAAUGUUUUACAUUUAUACUUGUUGAAAUAUAUCUCAAAUAAGAUCGGAAUUAUCUAUUAUUAAUUACAAAUAUCAGAUUUACAAUAAAUCAAAUAUACUUAAUUAUAACUAUAUGAAGGUGAGAGUAUUUACUUUUUAAGACAAGCAUCAACUACUUUUAAAGUAUUAGGUACAAGUCAAGCAUUUACUGUCUUCUUAUAAGGAGGUUAUGAAAAUAAUCAUUAUUAAAGAGUUAUAUCUUAUACAUAUGAUUAUAAUGGAUGGAUAAAAAACUCAUUAUUUUAUGGAGAAAUACAUGUUGGAAACAUUUAAUAUUAUUAAGGAAAGAAAAUUUUUGAUGCAGUCCAAGAUGAUUUUGGAAAAAUAUAUGUUAUAGUAACAAGAGAAUGUGAUUCAGUAUUAUUUUAAUUAGAUUAAUUUGGAAAUCUUAUUAAUUAAAAUUAUUAAAGUUUUUGGGAUUAUUGGGGUUGUAAAUAUUUAUAAAAUCCAUCAAUUUCCAUUGUUCCAAUUACAAACUAAAUAAUGGUAGCGUUAUAAGAUAUAAAUAAUAAGAUAUAUGUUUUUAGAUGGAAAGAAGGAGUAUUAUACUCUUCAUAGUUUGUUUAAAAUUUUGGUAAUCCUUAAUUAAAAGCAUUGGAUUCAAAUAGUUUUGUAUUAGUUUAUUUGGAAUAUCAUAUAGAAGGCAAUUUUCAAACGUUAAAUUAUAUACAUUAAGAAAAUGGAGUAAUUAAAAACUAAUAAAAAUUAAAUCAAAAUUCAAUUUAGCCUAGAUUUUUUGAAAUAUAAAGUCUUAAUUUAAAUUAUUUAUUCUUUUCAAUGAUAGCUUUUAAAAAUACUGCAAAUGUUGCAACUAAUCAAAUAUAUAUUCAAUAAAUUUCUAUAAAAGAUGAUUAAAUGAUUGGACUUAUUAAAAUUUGUGAUGAAACAUGUUAAGAAUGUGAUAAUAAUUUAAUUUGUACUUAAUGUAUAAAUAACUAUAAUUUGGAUAGUUAAAAUAAGUGCUAAUUAAUCUGUUUAGAUAAUUGUAAUUAUUGUGAAAUAGAGAAUAAAUGUGAAAUUUGCAAUGAAGGAUAUUAAUUAAAUAAUGAGAGACAAUGUAUUUAAGCUUAAUAAAAUUCUUAUGUUAAAUUAUAAGAUCAUUUAAAUAGAAUAGAAUCUAAUACAUAAAUAGCAGUAAGUAAGAAUGGAAAUAUAAUUAUAACUUGGAUGGAAUAUGAUAUAGUAAGAGAUAGAUACACUUCAUUUUAUAAGGUAUUUGAUUCUCAUGGAGUUUAAAUAAAAAAUGAGCAAAUCUAUUCAGAUUAUGAAACAUUAUCACCUAAAGUAAAGACAUUUGGUCAAUAUUUCAUUUUAUCUGUAAUUAGAUUAAAUAAUUGUUUAGAAUUGGCAAUUUUAAAUCAAAACGGAGAUUACGUUUCAUACUGGGGAUGUGCAGCUUGGAUUAACUUCAUGAAUUACUCAUUGAGAAAUUAAUAUUAAUAUGAUAUUGGAACAAAUGGCAUAAAUCAUAUUUUUAUAGUAUAUCAAUACUAUGAUUCUUUUGAUACAUUUAGAAUACAAUUAAAAAGAUUCAUAUAUUUAGAAUUUUAUUAUCAAUUAAGAGUGGAAAGCUCAAGAGAUUAUAACACUUAUAAUUAAAGAAUAAAAAAUCUAGAAAUACAAGUUGAUAAUAAUUUUAUUUACUUACAAUAUUAAAGAUUUGAAAUUAACCAAAAUGGAUUUAAUACUGCAACAUCCCUUUUUAUAUAACUAAAAUAUAAUCUUUAUGAAAAUUCAAUUAAUGAAAUAGCCUAAGAUAGUUAAUAUAAAAUCUUAACAUCAUAAUCUAAAAUCUAGAUUACCAAAUUUGAAGUUGACUAUGAAGUUAAAUUCUUUGAAUAUGAUACUUUGAUUUACAGUAUGUAUAAAUCAUUAGGAAUGAGUAUUGAUUAAAUUGAUGUAGCCACAUAUUAAGAUAAGAUAUUAAUAAUUUGGGUUGGAUAUGAUUAAAAUUAGGGUUAAAGGAAACUAUUUUUAGAAUAUUUUUCAAAAUAAGGAGUGCAAUUAUAAACUUUAUAAGUUCCCACAUUUAGUAACUAACCAAGUAAUCCAAAAAUUGGAUGUUUAGACAAUGGGGAUGUUAUAAUUACAUGGUAAGAUAAAGAUGCUUAAGAUGAUUCAAUUUUUGCAGUUAAAUAUAAUAAGCACGAUUAACCAAUACCUCUUAACUCUGUUACAUGUAUGUUAAAUUGUGAAACUUGCAUGACAACAACAUCAUGUUCAAGAUGUUCUGAUAAUUAUUAUUUUGAUGGAAGUUAAUGUAAAGUAAUUUGUGGAUCUGCAUGCUAAAUAUGUACAGUUAGAGAUGUGUGUGAUAUAUGUUAUCCUGGAUAUUACUUACAUGAAUAUUAAUGUUUAAAUGAUUAAACUAUGGUCGAUGAAUAUCAUAUAGCAAAUAUAGAAGAUUACAAAUUAACUAAAGUUUCAAUAAGUGCUUUUUCUGAUACUAGUUUUGUAAUUGUCUGGAAUGAUAAAGUAAACUUGGUUUAAACCUUACAUUUUUAAUUUUAUGAUAACAAUAGAUAAAAACAAGGAGAUGUAAGAACUUUAACUUCCUUUAAUGAUAGACAAUAUGCAUAGACUGUAACCUUGGCUAAUGAUUCAUUUGCUGUAGUAUGGUUUGAGGGAGAUUGUAGUGUUUAAUGUAGAUUAGUCCUUUAGAUAUAUAAUAAAGAUUUAAUUGAAUAAAUUACUGAAAUUACUAUAGAUACAGUAGAAUUACCAAAUUUAUAUAAUUAAAAGCCAGUUGUUUUAAGAAGAUAAGAUAAUAGAUUAAUUAUUGCAUAUAUUGCAAACAAAGAUUCAUAAACAAAAGGAUAUUAUACUAUUUAUGAAAUUGAUACUUUUAUAGUAAGAAAUCCAUAAAUAAUAGAAAAUGAUACUAAAGUUGACAAUUUGGAUAUAAUAGUUUAUAAUCCAUAAAUAUUUAUAAUAUUAUAUGUUUCUGGUGAAAUGAAAUUAAAAGCCUUAAGAAUAGAAAAAGAUGUUGGAGAAUCAAAUCUAUAAUUAUAUGAUAGUGGUAAUAGUAUUUAUACUCCAACUCAUGUUGUAAAUACAUGUGGGAACAUUGUGUUAGCAUGGAGUGAAUCAAUUCUAGAAAAUAAUGAAUAUGUUAAACAAAUUAUGUUAGGAUUUAUUGAUAGUAAUCUAAAUAUAAUUGCUGGUAAUUUUAAGAUAUAACAUUAUUAUAUGGAAUAAUUAGAAAACCCUAAUUUAAUUGGUAAUACCUAAUGUACCUCAUUUACAGUAUUUUCAAGAUCAUCAUAAUUUUAUAAUUAAACUUAAAAAAGAAUAAUGGUAGAUAAAUUUGAUGAUUAUUAUCAUUACAGUUUUUCUUUUUCUUAGUAAAUAAAAUCAUAUGCUUAUGAACAUCAUUAAUUCUAAAUUGAAUAAUUACAAAAUUAAGAUAAUAUUUUAGUUGAUGUUGGUUUAAAUUCAUAAUUACAAUCUAUAAUAUUCAUUAUGAGAACUGAUAAUUUAGGAAAUCAGAUGAAACUUGAAUAAAUAGUUUGUCCUUAAUAUUGUUAAGACUGCAAUAAUAGUCAUUCUUGCUAAAAAUGUUAAGAUGGAUAUUAGAUUUAUAAUUAACAUAUUUGUAUGAAAAUGUGUCCAAAUCAUUCAGAUUAUUGUGAUGAAUAUGGUAAAAUAAUUUGUAGUUAAGGAUUUUAAUUGAAUAAAUAUAACGAAUGUGUCCCUUUAGAUUCUGAGUUAACUUAACAAUUGAUUAAUACUAAUUAAAUUGGAUAUCAAUAUAAUUAAAAUAUAGCUACUUUGUCAAAUCGAAAUUCUGUUGUGGUAUGGACAAGUAGAUAUUAAAAUGCAAAUGGUGUUUCAAUUUAUAUGCAAUUAUAUGACACUUCUUUUUCAAAAGUAGGGGGAGAAACUUUAAUUACUAGAGAUGCCAUUGGAGUUUAAGAAAAUCCAAAUGUGGCUGCACUAUAAAAUAAUGAAUUCAUUGUUAUAUGGUAAGAUAGUAGCCCAUCUAAUAUUUUAAGAGUUUUGAUGCAGAAAUUUUCAAUUAAUUUUGAAAGAAUUGGAAGUGAAAUUAUUAUAUACGAUUCAGUAACAAGUGAUCUUUUAUUUGACAAUAUAUAUACUUAUAUUUAAGUUGAAUAUAAAGUAUUACAAUUAUCAAAUAAUAACUUAGCUGUUAUUUUAGGAUUUAGAUAAGUUUAAGGCAUUUUUGACAUUAGAUUGAAAUUAUUUGAUUAAGAUCUAAUAGAAUUCAAAUCAAUCUUAAUUGGUUAAACUUCAUGCUGUAAUUUCUAAAUUGAAAUGACUUAAAUUGACAGCAUACUUUAUGUACUUUGGAAGAAUAGAGAUGGAUAGAUGGAAAUAACAACUUUUAGUUUAGAAGGUGAAAUAAUUAAUGGAAAAAUAUUUACAUCUUAUAAGGAUUAUUAUAGUAUAACAAAGAAUGAAUUAAAUUAAUUAGUUAUUGCAUGGUCAAAUUAUGAUACUAUUGAAAUAUAGAGAUUUGAUUAACAACUUUAGGAGAUAGGCGAUUAUAUCACUAUCAAUUCUGAAUCUUAUGUUUAAUAAAUAUCUCUUUGUUAAGCAGAAGGAGGUAUUAUUUUAGGAUUUAAGUAUUCAAAAAGAACUAUUCGCUAUGAAACUUAAAGUAUUUAAGUGUAAUUUUUUGAUAAUCAUUUGAUUUCAUCAACAAGUUAAAUUAAAUAAUUAAAUGACUACAAUGGAUAUAUUGAAAAUAUUAAAAUUUCAUAUAUUGGAAAUUAUUAAUUUAUUGUAACUUGGGGUUAAUAUGUAUUUUAAAGGGAGGACUAUUAUACUAAAAGUGAAAGGGAUAGCUAAGAUUAUGGAUUAUAUGCUAAAAGAUUAGAAACAAAUGGAAAUAUAUUAAAAAUAUCAAAUGUUAUCUGUUAAACUAAUUGUAAUAAAUGCAGUAAAUUAAAUUUGUGUGAAUCCUGUAAUGAAGGAUUUUAUUUUGAUUCUACUAAAUCUAUUUGCAAUCCUUUAUGUCCAUCAAAUUGCUUAGAUUGCUAUUUUGAUUGGUUUAGACCUGGAAAAUGUAGACAAUGUUAAAAAGGAUAUUCUUUAAAUUUAAAAGGAGAAUGUGAAAAAAUUGUUAUUGAAGAAAAGCAAAUUCUUUAUAAAAUUGGAGUUGAUUAUUAGUUUUAUUAAGUUUAGGACUUUAUAACUCUUUAGAAUGGAAAUAUUGUUAUUGCAUUUUAUAAAAAUAGUAAAGAAAUGUAUUUUACAAUUAUAAAUAAUUAAGGAGAAAUAGUUAUAGAUGAAUAAUAAAUUUGGGGUAGUGAAGGUGAUUAAUAACUUAUGAGAAUUACUUCUUUAUCCAAUGGUAACUUUGCAAUAGUUCAUAGAUCUUUCAAUACAAAUUCUAAUAAUCAUAUUUGGUUACAUGUUUAUGAUUAAAAUGGAAGAGAAAUAAGAAUUUUACCAAUUGUGACUUUUGCAUUAUGGAACUAUUAUUAUUGGUGGUAUUAGGAUUCUUAUAAUUCAAAUAUAUUGGCUAUCAAAUCUUUAUCAGAUGGAGGUAUUGCUGUAUCUUAUAUGAAUGAUAAUAACGGGUUUUAAUUUACAAGUCCAAAAAUAUUCUUAAGAAUAUAUAAUAAUAAAUACUAUUAAGUAAGUAAUGAUAUUCUGUUGAAUAUUAAUUAAAAUUAAAAUAAUUAUUAUUGGGAAUGGUGGAAUAACAAUAAUUAGAUUUCUGUAUUAGAAACUGAAACUCAUUUAGUAGUUACUAACAAUUAUUAAAAUAUUUAUUGGUGGGAUUAUAGAUAUGGCAUACUUUAAGUUGUUCUGAUAGAUAAAAAUGAUUAUUUUACUUCAAAUAAGAUCAUUGAUAUGAAUAAAAUCUUUCAGUAAGACGAUAUUAAUUAAUGGUGGUGGUGGUGGUCUGAUAUGAGAGGCCAGAUCUAUUAAACUAAAACAGAUGAGUAUAUCUUAUUCAAAUAUUAUCCAACUGGAAUCAUAAAAUUUGACUUUGAUAAAGAAUUCUAAUUGAUUAAAAAAUAAUCAAUUGCUCAAAACCAACUAUCCUAGUAUUGGGACAGUAAUUGUGUAACUUGUUGUUUUGGUUGUUGGAAUUAUAAUUAAGUUUAAAUCCUUCAAUUAGAUAGGUCAUUUGUUCUUCAAUAUUACACAAAUAUUUAUAAUUAUAACUAUUAUAAUAGAAUUUUAAAGCUAUUUCCAUUUAAUUUCAAUAUGGAAAAACUCUCAUCAGUAAAAGAAGUUAAAUUCUAUUCGAAUAAAUAGUGGAGAGUAGGGAUUUAAUAAGGAAUAAUUAAAAAAUAUCUUAAUAAUAAUAUUUUACUGAUGUCUGUGGUAGAAUUAGAUAUGCCAUAUCAAUUAACUGUGUUAUUGGAAAAAUAUGAUUAUAAAUGUAAUAAAAUAGAAAUGUGGGAAUAAGUAUGUGAUUAGAAUUGCUUAAGUUGCAUAAGCUCAAAAAGUUCUAAUUAACAAUGUCUAGUUUGCGAUUCUAAUUAUUAUGUUGAUGAUUAAUCAUAAUGUCAAUUAAUCUGUUAAUUUAAUAAUUGUAUAUCUUGUGAGAGAUCAGGAACAUAAUAAUAGUAUUGUAAUAUAUGUGAGAAUGGAUAUAGAAUCAAAGAUAAUUAAGAAUGUGUUCAAUCUGAUCCAAAUAUUAUUAUUGAAAAAUAAAUAGGUACAACUUUGGAAAGAGAAUAUAUUUUACCAAGAGUCAAAGCUUUAAGUGACGGAACAAUUUUAGUUGUUACACUAUAAAUUUUGAAAGAUUAAAUGGUAUUGUAUGGUUAAAUACAUAAUUAAAAUGGUAAUAAUACUAGUGAUCUUGUGAUUCUUGCUUAAAGUGUAAAUAUUGGAUAUUUUGAUUACUCUACUUCAAGUUUAGAUGAAAUAUUACUUGUCUGGGUUGAUUCUAGUAGUGAUGUCAAAAUAAAAGCAUAAAAAUAUGAUAAAACAUUGUAAUUGAUUGGAAAUGAAUUUAUAGUAUAUGAGGAAAUGAAUGAAUGGAGAAACUUAAGAUUUGCUACAGUUGAAUAUGUGACUAAUGAUGAAAUAGCAAUUUUAUUAUUUGGAAAUAAUGAAAUCUAUAUUAAGAAAUUUGAUUAAAAUUAUACUUAAUUAAAAUUUGAAUAUGUAGGAUUCUUUUAUUAAGAUUAUUGGUGGUGGUAUAAUUAUUGGGAAUAUGAUAAAGAAAGAUAAUCUCCUUAUUAUUUUGAGUAUUGGUUUAAAAAAGAACCUACUAUUAUUUCAACUUAAGAUUUUAUAUUCAUAGUAUAUUAAUAAAAUAAUAGAAUUUAAAUGUAAAUAUUUGAUUCUAAUUUAAAUCCUUAUAAUUCUUAUACUUUUGAAGCAGAUUUUGCAACUUAACCAUCAGCUACUAAAAUAGAAAAUGGAAAUAUUGUUGUGGUUUGGAAUGAAUAAAUAUAAUCAAAUUCAAAAUCAUCUAAUUACAAAGAAAUUCCUAACUCUUAAAGAUAUUCAAUUGUUUAUGCUAUAUUUGAUCCUUAUUUAAAAUCCAUAACAUAAAAUUAUUUUGGUCUUGAUAAUGUGAAGGAAUUGAAACCAGAUGUUGCAGCAAUUCCUAAUGGUUUUGCAGUUUCAUUUUGUGGAUUUAAUGAAAAGAAUUAAAGAAAUAUUGAUGUAAGAGUAGUUUAUUUUGAUUUAUCAGGUAAUCAAUAAUCUGGAUUCAUCUCUGUAAGUUUCAAAAGCUAAUAUCCUAUAAAUCCUACUAUUACACCAUUAUAAGAUGGAUCUAUUAUUGUAACUUGGAAUGAAAUUAAAUAGAUUUAUGCUCAAAAAUUAAAUAGAAAUGGAGUUAUUUAACCAUUUAAUUCAAUUUUAUGUCCAUAAUUAUGUAAAAGAUGUACAAAUGAAUAAUCAUGUGAUGCAUGUUUUGAUGGAUUUAUAUUAAAUAGUAAUAAUUAAUGUGAACCAAUAUGUUUAAUACCUGAUUGUACUUCAUGUUCUUAUUGGUCAAAUCAUUGUAAUAUUUGUAAUGAUGGAUAUUAUUUAGAUGAAAUGAAUUUAGGUUGUUAAUUUAUUGAUAAUACUUAAAAUUAAGAAUUUGUACUUUAAGAAAAUCUUUAAUGGGGUCUAUCAACUACUUUAAUUCUUGAGAAUGCUAAUAAGGAAAUUAUACAUCUAUGGUUAAAUUAUGAUUCAAAGUAAUUAUUAGUUUAGACAUUCACUGCUGAUGGAAGUUAGUUAUUAGAUCCUCGAUCUAUUAUGACAUUAUAAUAUUCUAAAUAUGAGGCAUUUACUGCAUAAUAUCAUAAGGAAUUAAAUCAACUUGUAGUUUUAUUAGCUAAUACCGAAACAUAAAUUAUUGUUUAAUUUAAUGAUAAAUUUGAAUAGAAUUCUAAUAUAAUAGUAUUAGAUGAAUUCUUAAAAUCAGAAUAUCUUUACUUAUAAUUAGAUAAAAUAAGACUCUAUACUUAUUAUAAUGGUUUAAUAUUAUAUUUAUCUGGUGAUAAAAAAGCAAUUAUUGAUUAGUUUUCUUUUAAUCCUCAAUUAAUAGUUUGUAAUAUUCCUGAAUUAAUACUUUUGGAUAUGUAAGGUAAGUAAUUAGUGCCAUCAAUAAUAUUUAAAAACAAAGAUAAAUAGUUCACAAACUAAUUUUUGGAUGAAUCUAAGAAUUGCCCUAAAUUUUCAAUGAAUGAUAUUUUAAUUGAUGAUUAAAUUUAUAUAUUCCUAGUUGAUUAUAAUUCUGGAUAAUCAUGGAUUUAAAUUUAUAAUUUCUAAGGGUAAAUUCAAAAUGAAAGAAAUUUAAAUGACUUUAUACCAAUAUAUUUGAAUUAAGGUUCAAUAUAUAUAUUCUGGGGUGAAAUCUUUGUAUUUUUAGAAUAGAAUCGUUUAUUAAGAUUGUCAACUUAAUUAGAUUUAUUAUCCUUUGAAGAUAUAUUACAAUAUGAAACAUUAUAAUCAAAAGCAAAAAUAAUCAAAAUUAAUCAUUCAUAAAUAUUUUACAUUUACACAUAAUAAUUUGAUUAUUCAAAGAGAUAUAAAUUUGUAGUUUAUGAUUACUAAAUGAAAAUAAAUUUAUAUUAAGGUUUGAUAUCACCUACAUCAUUAAUUUAAGGCUCAUUUAAUUAUAUAAAAUUAUAUAAUGAGAAUAUAUUAUUCAGUUGGUUGGAAUAAGGAGAACAUAAUGUUAAUAAAGGUAAAAUAAUGAUUACAAGAUUUGGUUUAAUGGGUGAGAGACUUAAAUUCGAAGAUUUUUCAUGUUUACCUAUUUGUACAGAAUGUACAUCUAUUAUUAAAUGUUAAGGAUGUAUAGAUAAUUAUGAAUUGGUAUAAUAAUAAUGUUUACCUAUUUGUUCAGCUAAUUGCAAAAGUUGUACAUAACCAUUAUCAUGUGAUGUUUGUUAGACAGAUUAUUAUAGUGAUGAUUCAUUUAAUUGUGUAAGUUUAUCUGGUUUACCUAUUGAAACUUAAUUAGAUAAUACAUUUAAUUAUGCUGAGAAUUUACCUAGAGUUGCUUCUUUUUUGAAUGGUGGUAGUGUUAUUGUUUGGUAGAGUGAAUUAUAAGAUGGAAGUGGUUAUGGAGUUUAUGCAUAAUUGAUUAGUCCAGAAGGUAUACCAGUUAAUCAGGUUAUUCGUGUAAAUAUUAAUACAAAAAACUCUUAAUUUUUACCUGAUGUCACUAUUUUACCUAAUAAUAAUGUUAUUAUAGUUUGGGCAGAUGGAGAUAUAAAAAUUGAAUCUGAACUUUAUUUCUAAAUAUUUGAUUAAGAACUAAAUAGAAUAGGAACACCAACAUUUAUAGAUUAUAUGGCUCUUUAUUAUUAAUAAUAUUAUGAUAGACCAUUAGUAGUAUAAGGAUUGAGUAAUAAUGAAUUUGUAAUUGCAUGGAUCAAUACUAAAAACUAUUAAACUUCAAUUUUUGUAUCAUUGUUCAAUAAUGAAGGAGUACAAAAAAGAAAAAAUGAAAUUAGUAGACCCUAUUUCAACAAUGAAAUUGUUAUUAAUUCUAAUGGUCUCAAUUUUGUUGUUGUUUAUAAAGAUGCUGAUCAAUUAGCAGCUACAAUAUAUGAUUUUGAAGGUUUUGAGUUAACAAGUAUAACUCAUUCAAUUUAUGGAAUAUCUUCACCAAGUAUUACUUCAAAUUCAAAAUAAGAAUAUAUUAUUUGUUGGAGUGCAAAUAAUAGAAUUUAUUAUUCUCUUUUUGAUACUAAUGUUAAUCUUUUAGGAUCUAUAUUGGAAGUAGAAUCUUUGAAUACUAAAGCAGAUAAUCCAGAUAUUACAGCAUUAUCUAAUGGUUUUGUUAUUGUUUGGUAAAAUUAGGAUUUUGAAACUUUAAGAUCAAGAAAAUUAAGAGCAUAGAUGUUUGAUACCAAUGGAGUUCCUUUAGGAUCAUCAAUAGAAGUUAAUGUAUUGACAAUUAAUACUGAAUAUCCUUAAAUUUCAGCUUUGAAUAAUGAUAAAUUUAUAAUUAUUUGGGAUGGAUAUAAACCAUCAGUAGAUGAGAAAAAAGGAAUAUUUAUGAUGAAAUUUGGAUCUGAUGGUUCUAAAGAAUUGAUAGAUGGUAUAGUAUGUCCAAAUAAAUGUAAGAGUUGUUCUUCAUCAACAACUUGUAUUAAAUGUUCAGAUCAAUAUUUAUUAGUUGAUGGUAUUUGUUCACCUUAAUGUACUUCAAAUUGUAGUCAAUGUACAAAACCUAAUUUCUGUGAUUUAUGUCAAGAUGGAUAUAAACUUAAUCCAUCAGGAUUAUGUUCUACAAUCACUUCUGAAUUAUUACCAGAAGAUCCUAUUUUAAAAAUUCCAUUUGAUGAAUUACCUAGUUUUUCAUCUAGUGCUACUAUUGGAGAAAGUGAUGUUUUAAUAUAUUCAGGAACAGUCACAUUUUAAGCUGAUUCUUAUUUCUUGAAUAUAAAUCUAUAAUUGAUUCAAAAUUCAAAUCAACGUGAAUUUACAAAUUCAAUAAAAUUAGUAUCAUUAAAGUCUUAGAUUGUAUCAUCUGAUAUUUUAAUUAGAGAAGAUAAUUCAAUACAAAUAUAUUGGGUAGAAUAUAUAGAAUAAGAAUAUGUAUUAAUAAAAUUGAUAACUAUUAAUUAUGAAUUAACAAUUAUUGAAUAUGAAAAAUAGAUAGACAAAUUACCUUAUAAUUCAAAUUAUAUAAAUUUACAUGGUGAUUUUGUUCUUUAUUUAUAUUAUUAAAAUAGUCACUAUUAGGUUAUUUAUUCACAUAGAUCAGAUUAUUUGAAAUAUGAAGUAUACUAAUAUAAAAUAAGUAAAGAUUAUUUAAGAAUUUAUUUGCCUGAAAGACUUUUGGAAAUUCAAAGAUAAUUAAGAUAUGGAUAAAUUUGUUUCAACUUUGAUUCCAUUAUUAUUAUAGAAAUUAAUUAAGAUUACCUUAUGAGAUUAUAUCAUUAUAACUUAGAUUUCUAAUAUGUUAGAUCAUCAGAAAACUAAUUUUCUGUAUAAUUUAUUGUUUUUAUAGAAUCCUUCACUAUAAAAUAACUUAAAAAUAGUAACUUUGUUAUUACAUGGAGGACAGGUUCAAAUUAAUCUUUGACUUCUAGGAAUUAACUUUAUUAUACUAUAUUAAAUAGUGAUCUUUAAAGAAUUACUGAUUAUUAAAUAGUUGCUGAUUCAAAUGGAAAAUUGGAGAAUCCUCAAAUGAUAAUUUUAUAAGGUAAAUUUGCUAUAAUUUGGAAUAAUUUCAUUUCUAUUACAUAUUCAUAAUUGACUAUCUCAUUUUAUGAUGAAUCAGGAAUAUUUAUAUCUUAAACUUAAUAAUUGAAUACAAUUAGUAAUAAUGUUAAAUUAUACUAUGCAAAAGUCAUCAAUAUCAAUUAAAUAGCUAUACAUUGGCUCUCCUCUUAUACAACAGUCACUUUAUAAAUAAAAUAUUAAUAUUAUUACUUGAGAGUUACAGAUCAAAAUGUAUUACUACCUUCUCCAACUCUUAUUUGUUUAGUGGAAUGUGGAACAUGUUAAAAUGAAUAUACAUGUUAAACUUGUAUUAAUAAUUAUGCUUUGAAUCCAAAUACAUAUAAAUGUGAACCUUAAUGUCCUGAAACAUGUUUAGUAUGCAGUUCUCCAACAAUAUGUUCAUCAUGUAAAGAAGGUUAUUCAAUUAAAUCAAAUAAUCAAUGUGAAAAGAAUAUAUGUAAAGAAAGUUGCUCAUUAUGUAAUACUUUCCAACAUUGUUUAUAAUGUCCUAAAAACUUUUAUUAGAGUCUAUAAGAUAUGACUGAAUGUAUUGGAACAUGUGGACCCCAUUGUUCAGUUUGUACAGCUCCUCCUGUUUGUAAUUAAUGUGAGGAUUCUUAUUAUUGGAGUAAAACAAAAACUGAAUGUGUUUUACUUGAAGAUGUAAUUGGUGAAGUCAGCAUAUCUGAUCCUUUAAUUGCAACAUUCCCAAAUGGAGAUUAUAUUGCUUUAUGGUCUGAAGAAGGACCAUUUGCUGGUGUAUAUUUCUAAUUGUAUAGAAAGAGUGGACAAAAGAUAGGAACUAAAACCUAAGUAAAUAUGGAUGAAUUAGGAACUAGAAGAUUUUUAUAAUCUGUAUCCACUAAUUAGAAAGUAAAAACACUCUUUUCAGAUAUAGCUACAUUUGAUUAAGACUUUGUUAUUUUAUGGGUAGAUUAAAUUGUUGGAGACAUGAAAGUAAAUCUUAAAAAAUUUGAUGUCAAUGGUCAAGCCUUAACAAAAUCAAUUUAAUUUGCUGAAUUACCAAAAUAAAAUCUAGAUAGCAUUGCAGCUCCUUGCAUUAUUAAAAAAACAUCAAACAAUAAUUUUGUUAUUGGUUACUUCAAUUAAGUUUAAGAUUCUAUUUCUACAGCAACUAUGUUUUUAUAAUCCUUUAGUAAUAAUCUACAACCUAUUGGAUAAAUGUAGGUUUUAGAUAAUGCAGAUACUUCUAAAGUACCUAUGAUAUCUAGUGAUGAUGAUGGUUUGAUAUCUAUUACAUUUUCAAGUGAAGGUGCUACAUUCAUAACUUAAAUUACAACUUAAGGUGAUAUCAUUACAAAACCUUAAAAAGUUGAUGAAGGAAAAGCAUUCAAAUCUACUAAUUUGAAAAAUAAAUCUAUUGUUUUUGUCUUUGAAGCUGUUAGCACUAAUGUAUCACCUCCUUAAUAUAUAUUAUCAUAUCAGAUCAUGAAUUUAGAAAAAAUUUUGUCUGAGCCAAAAGUAUUCGCUAAUCCUUCUUAUGGAGAAGAACAUCCUUAUAUUACAGCAUUUGGGUAAGGUUUUAUAAUUGCUUGGAGAACAGUUGAUAAAUCUCUAAAAUCUAAGGAUAUUGUAUUUUAGAUAUUUGAUAGUGAUGGACUAUAAAUUUCAAAUUAAACUUAGGUUAAGAGAUAAGGACUUUAUCCUAAAAAUCCAAGUGUUUAAAUUUUAAAUGAUAAUGAAUUUUAUAUUACAUGGACAGCUGCUGGUAAUAAUUCAGUAGACAAUUUCUAUUUACAAUAGUUCAACAUAUCUAAUCUAAUUAUUCAAAAUCCAAUCAUAGAAGAUAAUCAAACAUCUAUUAUAUGUUCAUUGAAUUGCUUAUCUUGUUUGAGUAGCACUAUUUGUUAAAAUUGUGCGCCUGGAUACUAUGUUGAAAAUGAUUUCUGUUAAAUAGAUUGUGGAUUAAAUUGUCUUUCAUGUUCAAUUCCAAAUUAAUGUUAAGAAUGCAUAUUAGGAUAUGAAGUUACCCUCAAUCAAACUUGUGCCUAAAUUGUAUGUGAAGUUGGGUAUACACUCUCAGAUAAUAUGGAAUGUGUUCUUAUAUGUCCUCAUAAUUGUAGUGAAUGCUAAUCUAAUGAUAAAUGUUUAAUAUGUGAAUCUGAAUUUUAAUUAUACUAAGGGCAAUGUUAAAAAUUGGUAGAAAUUCCAAAAGAAGAUGAUGCUGGGUUGCCUUAUUAUUACAUUAUCAUUAUUUGUUUAGGAGCACUUAUCAUUAUAGGUAUUAUCGCUUUAGGCAUCUGGAAGUAUAAAAAGAGAAAGCCAUUUUAAAGUAAUUAACAAAGAAAUGUGAUUGAAGAAAGAGACAUCACAUCUUUGGAGUCUAGAAUCAAUUGAUA